AAGGAGGAGAGGGAGAAUUUUCGGAACAAAGGAAUCAUCUUUCAAGGAAUCACAACAAUCCCAUCUUCCCAUUCAAAAAAAAUCCCAUUUCCCAUCUUUCUGGUUUUUCAAUUUCUUCCAAUACUUCCAUCUCUUCUCUCCCUCUUCUGUGCGAGGAGAGAGUGUCUCUGGAGGCCGGCCUUCCUGUUGCGUGCCCUAGAUCUUGAGAGAGUCAACGAAGAAUCACCGUUCCCGAUCUUCAAUUCUCGGUUUUAAGCUCCUUUCAGAUCAUAGCAUCAGUUGCAGUGGCUGUUUUGAUUUUGCGUACUUUCUGGGCAGCCACACGGGAAAUAAGAAAAUGGGGAAGAAUUUUCGGAGUUUUGGGCUGCUGGGUUUGACUGUUAGGGGGCAAUAGAGAUUGCGUCUUGUAGUUGGGGUUUUACUUUUCUUGGGAUAGAUUGGAAUCUGUGGGUUGGUUUGACUUUUAUUUACUUGGAUUUUCGUACGUGCAUACUUAUCCAGAUGUUUGGUAUUAGUUGUUGGACUGCUUCUUAGAUUUGAAUUCUGAACAUAGGGUUUUGUUGCUUUGGUUUGAUCUUUUAUUUGCUCAUAUUUACACUGUUACCGCUCCGAUUGGUUGCCUGAGGCGAGAUUGCAGAAAUUUCUACACCGAUCAGACAGCGCAAUGGUGGAUAGGGACUAUGGGCAGGAAUAAGAUCAUUAGGUGAUGAAGUUGUGAUGCAUUUAUUUUAGAUGAAGACGAGUCAUUGGCGAUUAGGCAUGGGUGACAUGCAGAUCUUGCCUGGGGCACGCCAUCGCCCACCUUUGAAGAGGCCAGUGUGGAUUAUUGUCUUGGUUUCUUUGGUCAGCAUCUUUGUGAUUUGUGCUUUUCUCUAUCCACCUCAAAGCAGCGCUGCUUGUUACAUAUUUUCUUCCAGAGGUUGUAAGGCUAUUUCAGAUUGGCUUCCACCUGCUCCUGCAAGGGAAUUUACUGACGAUGAGAUUGCAUCCCGUGUUGUGAUUAGAGAGAUUUUAAGCGCACCUCCUAUUCAAUCCAAGAAUCCAAAAAUUGCAUUCAUGUUCCUUACACCAAGUGCAUUGCCUUUUGAGAAGCUGUGGGAUAAGUUUCUCCAUGGUCAUGAAGGGAAGUUCUCUAUCUAUGUGCAUGCUUCUAAGGAAAGGGCAAUUCAUUUGAGCCGUUAUUUUUUUAAUCGAGAGAUUCGCAGUGACCCGGUGAUUUGGGGAAAAAUUUCUAUGGUAGAUGCAGAGAGAAGAUUAUUGGCAAAUGCUCUUCAAGAUCCUGAUAACCAGCAUUUUGUCUUACUUUCUGAAAGUUGUGUACCAUUGUACACAUUUGACCAUAUCUAUGACUAUCUGAUGAAUACAAAUAUAAGCUAUGUUGACUGCUUUGAGGAUCCUGGUCCACAUGGAAAUGGGAGGUAUUCUGAACACAUGUUACCUGAAAUUGAGAAGAAAGACUUUAGAAAGGGUGCACAGUGGUUCUCUGUGAAGCGUCGGCAUGCUGUGAUAGUAAUGGCUGAUAAUCUAUACUACUCGAAAUUCCGGGACUACUGUAAGCCAGGUUUUGACGGGCGCAAUUGCAUUGCUGAUGAACAUUACUUGCCAACCUUUUUCAAUAUAAUUGAUCCUGGUGGCAUUGCAAACUGGUCCGUGACUCAUGUUGAUUGGUCUGAAAGAAAGUGGCAUCCGAAGUUAUACAAGUCUCAGGAUAUUACACAUGAGCUUCUGAAGAAUAUUACGUCGAUUGAUGUGAGCGUGCAUGUAACCAGUGAUGCGAAGAAAGUAGUACAGAAAUGGCCUUGCUUAUGGAACGGUAUAAAACGACCUUGUUACUUAUUUGCAAGGAAGUUUCAUCCAGAGACUCUCAAUGACUUGUUACGCCUUUUUGCCAACUAUACAACAGUUUGAGCCGGAUAUUUUUUUACUCCAUAUUCUUUGGUUGGAUCGCCUUCGACCCUUUCACUCCAUCCUGUAUCCAGUAUAUCUGACGAAGUUGUAAAUUGCCAAAUUAUCGAGGCUUGAUUGUUCCCCACCUCCCGACCACGAUUCUCGAGUGCAAGGGCAACUGGCAGAGCAGUUAGGGUGACCCGAGUCAGGCAGGAGGCUAACAGGCUAGUGUUGCUUCCCUGGGGAUGAUACGAGGAUAUGUUGUUAUCUCUACGAACCCUUCAUUUUGCGCUAUCGGUGUUUAGUGUUCUAGAACAAAUUUUUUUGGGCAUCUCUUUCACUGCAUCUUGUGGUUAGUCUUUGUAAAAGAUGAAGUUUGAACUCUCAAGUGGCAAAAAUAUACAACACGCAAUUGCGCCGUGAAAUUCACGCUUCAAAAGAUAUUUCCGGCAUGCUCCUGCAGGUGUGGCAAAAUUCAGGGAGAAGAAAACUAGAAACGGUGAUUGAAUUGCAUAUCAUUAUCUAGUACAUUAUCAUGUCAUGAGAAAAGAAGAGAGCCCAUUUCAUGUGUUCAAAAUUGCUCUUUUUUUCAUCUUUGAAACCAGACUUCAAUGUUCA